AUGGGAUCCGGGGGAGAGCUCACCCCCUACACCUGGGAGGAGGUCCAGAAACGGUGCACCCGCGAGGAGCGAUGGCUGGUCAUCAACCGCAAAGUCUAUGACAUCACCAGAUUCUGCCAGAGGCACCCAGGGGGGCCACGGGUCAUCAGCACUACUACGCCGGCCAGGACGCCACGGACCCAUUCACUGCAUUCCACAUUGAUAAGGAGCUGGUCCAGAAGCAUAUGAAAUGCCUGCUGAUUGGGGAGCUGGCACCUGGACAGCCUUGCGUGGAGCCCAGCAAGAAUGCGGCUCUGGUGGAAGAUUUCCGCACACUGCGCUCCACCGUGGAACAGAUGGGUCUGCUUAAUCCUAAUAAAUUAUUUUUCCUUGGCGUUCUUCUGCACAUUCUACUGCUGGAUGCACUAGCCUGGCUGAAUCUUUAUUAUUUUGGUCCUUCACUCAUCCCAUUCCUGAUCACAUCUUUGAUCCUAGGCACUGUUCAGGCUCAGGCCGGGUGGUUGCAACAUGACUUUGGCCACCUGUCAGUUUUCAGCAAAUCAAAGUGGAAUCACCUAGUACAUCAAUUUGUGAUUGGACAAUUGAAGGGUGCUCCUGCCAGCUGGUGGAAUCACUUGCAUUUCCAGCAUCAUGCCAAACCCAACUGCUUUCGCAAGGACCCGGAUAUUAAUAUGCACCCACUUUUCUUUGCACUGGGCAAGAAGCUAUCAGUAGAGCUUGGAGUUAAAAAAAAGAAAUAUAUGCCAUAUAAUCACCAGCACAAGUACUUCUUUCUGAUUGGUCCUCCAGCGCUGCUUCCCGUCUACUUUCAGUGGUAUAUUUUCUACUUUGCUGUCCAGCGCAAGAAGUGGGCAGUGAGUACAACUUUAAUCGGGAGCAAUGUUGUGGUUCGAAAUCUUUCAUGA